CGGAUAGACAAACCAAUCAAUGGCUUCGAAAUCUCAGUCCCUAAUCGCCCUUCUCGUCGCCGCGCUCUCCGUUCAAUUACUCGCUUCCGACUCAGCCCCGUUGGGCGGCUGGCAGCCGAUCCAGGACCUAAGCUCGCCGGAGGUUCAAGACCUAGCGAAGUUCGCCAUCGCCGAAGACAACAAGGCUGCCGGCGCCAAAUUAGAGUUCCAGAGCGUGGUUCGCGGUGAGGAACAAGCGGUGGCAGGCAUCAACUACCGGCUGGUCAUUGCGGCGCUAGAUGGCGGAGUUUCCGGCAAUUACGAGGCGGUUAUAUGGGUUAAGGAUUGGGAGAAGUUUAGGAACCUCACCUCCUUCAAGAAAUUGCCUGGUCUGGUAUGAUAUUGAUAGAUUUUGUUGUAAAACCCUAAAAAGAGAAUGAUAGUGGAAUAAAGAUCGUUUAUAAUUUGAUGAUA